UGCCAGGAGACCGAGGGAACACACGACAGCUCCCGCACAUUCCCUCAGGUGAAAUGCUUGGCGUACUCACUGAAAAAAACGCCCGCUUCUUCUGAUUCCAGGACUACGCAGCUUUUCCCUGGGAUUCCGCUGCGUCCUGAGACAUCACCCAGAGUAUGGGAGCCUUGCACUCCAUACCGGGGCAGCCGGAGUAUAGCGACCUGUCCGAGAAGACUGGAUUUUCAUUUGAACAGAUCGCUGUACUACACAAAAGAUUCAAGCAGCUGAGCCACAAUGAAGACACUCUCCGGAGAGAUGACUUCAGUGCUAUUCCUGAUCUGGCGUGCAACCCUAUUCGUUCACAGAUAAUAGAGGCCUUCUUUGACAGGAGAAACUUUCGUCAGAGUGAAGAAGGCACAGUGGAGGAGAUCGGUUUUGAGGAGUUUCUGGUGGUUAUGUCCCAUUUUAGGCCCCCACGCCACAGCAUGACAGAGGAGCAGCGUGAGAGCGUGAGGAAAGAGAAACUUCGAUUUUUAUUCAAUAUGCAUGACACUGACAACGAUGGAACAAUAACACUGCAGGAGUACAGACAUGUGGUGGAGGAGCUGUUGUCUCGCAGUGGGGCACUGGGAAAAGAAACCGCCAAAAGCAUUGCAGACGCAGCCAUGUUGGAAGUGGCCAGUAUAUCUGUGGGGCAUAUGGAACCAGAUGAAUUUUAUGAAGGCAUCACAUUUGAACAUUUCUUGAAGCUGCUGAGUGGCUUUGACAUUGAACACAAAAUGAGCAUCCGCUUUCAACACAUGGAUGCUAUAACACUGUGCAAGUGAGAGCUAUACAAGUAAUGCUGUGAGUUUUUCAUGUUUACUUGAGCUUAUGGAAACUUUAUUUCAUAAUCCCUUUUUGCUUGUAAUAAAUAUAUGCCUUAUUCUGUUGAAACUACUAUGCAAUCUAACUAAAACGAAAACACCUUUUAAUGUAAAGAUGUUUAAUGUAAGCCAGGGGUGUCAAACUCAAAGGGGCCGGAUCAGAAAACUCAUGUCAUAUAUACCCCAAAAAUAACAAUAACUUCAAAUAUUUGUGCAGAGAAACACAAAUCUAUUACAGAAAUCUUUUUUAAUUGAUGAACUCUUUCUUUUACAAAACAUUAUAAUUAUGAACAACCUGAAACUUUAGGAAAAAUGCAAUUUCAACACAAUGUUUUAACAUUAACUUGUAUGCAAAUAGGAAUAAGUCAGUUUUUCUUGGAAAAUCCUGCACUUGGCGUCCACUUUUCUCAUUUUUAACAUUUUGCUGAUGAGGUCAAAACGAUCAUCCUUUAAGAGCGUUUGGAAAAAGGCAAGUCUUCAUUUGUGCUGCUCUGGUGGGAGGGGCCACUAUGCUAAGCACCGCAGAAAAUUACCAAUAUUUUAAUAGAAACUAUAAUUUUAAUAUUUUAGUAGAAAAUCAGCCGAGGGCCAGAUUAAAGGUCUUGGAGGGCCGCAUCCGGCCCCCGGGCCUUAUGUUUGACACCUGUGAUGUAAGCAAUAAUAAGUGUGUAGAGAAUGUAUGCAUGUUAUUUAGAGCUGCCUUAAAUACUUAUGCCAUAAUAUAAAUAUAUAUUUGGGGAUAGAGGUGAAAUAUACUGCAUAUUCAAUCCAAAUGUACAUACUAUGAUUGUUGUCAUAACAGUCUAUAAGUAGAGUGCAUAACCUUUCUAUUUUUAAUCAAAACUCACUGAUUCAUUUCCCUGUAACAAUGAAAUGAAAAUCCUUAUUUAGAUCAUCUUAUUUAGCGACUUACAUCAUAGAUAAGGUCGAUUUGAAAAUGCAAAUUGUAUUUGUUUCUCAUAAACUCAACUAUUUAAACAGUAAUUCACCAGAAUAUUUAACAGCCCCCUAGUUUUUUCCAGAAUGUUCACUGUAGGGAGACUCUGACACCUCUAUUCUCAUAUAUUUUGUUUUAUGAACUCUUUACAAGCCAUAAGAAAACUUAAGAGUUAUAGUAUUUAACUAUUACUAACUUAAUAUGCUGAUACACGUUUAUGUGUUGCACAUUUUAAUAUGGUGUGCUAUGUUUUCUCAUUUUAUAAGAUUAUGAAUAGUAGAAAAAAGAAAGGAAAUUAAUAUUGACUUAUUUACUAAAAUACACCAGCAUGCAUUAACAUUGUACUCUAAUGCAAAUAACAUAGCUUAGUAUUAGUGAAUUCUAUAGAUUUAUCUAUUAAAUGAAAAAUGCCUACCUGUAGCAAUACAUUUAAAGACACCAGCUGCAUCCUGCACUUUAACUGUUGUGUAACAUUACUCCUAAUAGUUCUCUUUGCUUUAUACUGCCAUCUACCAUUAAAAAUAUGUACUGCAUGGUUCUGUAAUGACAUGACUAACGUUUCCAAACAUACUAUAUUAUAUAAUAUAUAAUAUCUUUGUAUUUAUAAGCAGGUGAGACAUCUGUGCAUUGACAUUGACUUGGUAUGUGUUUGCUCCAAAAUAAGAUGAAAUAAGAUCAACAUUAUUAAAGAAACAAGAAGAACUGUUUUCAAAUGUUUACUCAUUGAAUUAAC